AGUCGAGUGUCAGAGGGAGUGUCGCGGCGAGCGGUCGUGUCGUGAGCUUAAACACUCGCUAAGCAAAGACCUGCUUUAGUAAUCUACAUACUUAGCGGUGCUCGGCCGUGAUUGUAGUCGGGGCCGGGAGGUCACUGGCAUCAGCGUCUAGGCGACGCGCACCACCGUCCCCGCCGAUCGUCGACAAUGUUCGUGUUUAAUGCAAGGCUUGUGCUGACGGUAGCAUGUUGCUUCGUUGUGUACUUUAGCACAGUUGGAGCUGAGUUCAGCGAUCCUGUUAUCAUCAACGCACUCAAUACUGAACCUACCACUCACCAGGGUGGUCGUAACAUAAGUGUGGUUGGCGACGAGUUCGUGCUGGACGGCAAACCACUAAGGAUAAUAUCCGGUUCCCUCCACUACUUCCGGCUGCCGGCCGCCUACUGGAGGNUGACCUUGCGUACCUUCAUUGGAAUGACCUAGUUAUGUUAAUUGUCCAGGUACGUUGAAUGGAGCUACCAUGAGCCAGAGGAAGGGCAGUACAUAUUUGAGGGGGACCGGGACGUCGCCCGCUUUGUGCAGAUCGCAGCUGAGGAGGGUUUACACGUGCUACUGCGCCCCGGACCUUAUAUAUGCGCUGAGAGAGAUUUGGGUGGAUUGCCGUACUGGUUGCUUGGCAAAUAUCCCAAUAUAAAACUCCGUACUGUUGAUAAAGAUUUUAUUCAUGAGACUGAAGUCUGGAUGGCGAAACUGUUUACUUAUUUGAAACCAUUAUUGCUUGGAAAUGGCGGCCCAAUUAUAUUAGUUCAGGUAGAAAAUGAAUACGGUAGUUAUGGAAGAGACAAGAAUUAUAUGGGAGCAGUUCGUGAUAUACUGUUAGAGCACGUAGGAAAUAAAUCCCUGCUGUACACGACCGAUGGCACCGACCCUUCCAUGUUUCUUAGCGGCUCCAUUGCUGGCGCCGUGCCUACUAUUGAUUUUGGUAGUUAUUCAGAUGUUGGCAGAGCAAAGAGAACGUUCCGGCGCUACUUCCCGCACGGGCCGCUGAUGAAUUCUGAGUACUACUCCGGCUGGCUCACACACUGGAAUGAAUCGCUGCAGCAAAUAUCGGGACGCCAUCUAGUGGAAACACUUCGCGUCUUGUUGGACAACCAAUUCAGUGUCAACUUUUACAUGUUCUUUGGUGGUUCUAACUUCGAAUUCACUUCUGGUGCCAAUUAUGAUAGAUCUUAUUUACCUGAUAUAACAUCAUACGACUACGAUGCUCCACUCACAGAAGCUGGAGAUCCAACAGAAAAAUACUAUCUCAUAAGAGACACAUUAGGAAAAUACUAUCCAGAUGUAAAGAGCAUACCACUCCCAGUGGUAUCUAAGAAAGCAGCAUACGGUGAAGUAAAUCUACAACCAAAAGGGAGCAUCCUAAGUACAAACGGACGCAGUCAUUUAGGGAAGAAGUACGAUGAAGUGAGGGGCUCUAAGCUACCGACGUUCGAGUCUUUAAGACAAAGAGCUGGAUUAUUACUUUAUGAAACAAUAGUGAAUGAUACAAGCGGAGAAUUAAUAAUUACGAAGCCGCGUGACACAGUUUAUGUUUAUGUUGACAAAGAAUUACAAGGAAUUCUUUAUAGAAAUUGCAAGCAAACCACUGUCAAUUUGAGAUGUAAACCAGGAUCGACGCUGUCAUUACUGGUGGAAAACCAAGGACGUAUCAAUUACGGUAAUCGCCUUCAUGACUACAAAGGUAUCCUUAGCACAGUACAAUACAAUGGCAAAGUCCUCGACGGCAAAUGGUCUGUGACUGGUUAUCCCUUAAAUUCCGUAGGAAUACAUAGUUUUAAAACUGAUGAAAUAGAUCCUAAGGAAGGUCCCGUUGUUUUUGAAACGUUCUUUCACAUACCGAGUCAUGUGAAAAUAUUAGAUACAUAUUUAGAUACCACCGGUUGGGGAAAGGGUUACGUGUGGAUAAAUGGUAACAACCUGGGCCGCUACUGGCCCAGUGUGGGACCUCAGGUGACUCUUUACGUACCCGGCGUGUGGCUCCGAACAGGGGACAACAUCAUCUCAGUGCUAGACACAAUGACUAACAAGGAACUGACAUCGGAGCUGGGACCACCGUGUAGCCUCAUCCUCGCUGAUGGCUCCGUGCAUACAGGCUGGAGCUUCGGGGCUCAAGUCCCAAUGGAGGGGGAAGUCGUGUUUCAGACGGGCAUGGUGGGCUAUCCCGAAUCCCUGACAGACCCCUCUUACCACGCUCAACUGCUAGUGCUCACCUAUCCACUAGUCGGCAACUACGGAGUGCCUAAUGAAGAAGAGCGCGACGAGCACGGAAUACCUCGAUGGUUUGAAUCGGAGCGGAUUUGGGCUGCCGGUCUGAUUGUAGGCGAAGUGAGUAGUAAUGCUUGUCACUGGCGGGCACAACGCUCGCUAGGGGCGUGGUUGCGAGAGCGCGGUGUUCCUGGCUUGUGCGGCAUCGACACACGCGCCCUCACGCAUCGCCUGCGGGAGGGUAUCAUGCUUGGCCGCAUCGUACAAGGCACUCCACCUACAGCACCCUUGCCGCCGAUAUCAGAUCCUAACGAAAGAAAUCUUGUUGCUGAAGUUUCGACUAAGAAACCUAAAAUUUAUAACCCCAAUGGUGAAGUAACAAUAAUGGCGGUGGAUUGCGGUCUAAAAUUCAAUCAGAUACGAUGCUUAAUAAAAAGAAACGCUAAAGUUAUUUUAGUACCUUGGGACUAUGAUUUAGGUUCGCAAGAUUUCGAUGGAUUGUUUAUAAGCAACGGCCCUGGCGAUCCAGUGAUGUGUAAGAAAGUCGUAGAAAAUUUAAAGAAAGUUAUUGAAAAAAAGAACAACGUAAAACCAGUCUUCGGUAUAUGUUUGGGUCAUCAGCUGCUAGCGACUGCAGCUGGCUGCAAAACAUAUAAAACAAGUUACGGUAACAGAGGCCAUAACUUGCCUUGCACCCACAGCGCUACUAAAAGGUGUUUUAUGACUUCUCAAAAUCAUGGAUUUGCUGUAGACGCUGAAACAUUACCAGAAAAUUGGAAAAUCUUAUUCACCAACGAAAACGAUAGAACUAACGAGGGAAUAAUUCACAAGUCGUUACCGUUCUUUAGUGUUCAGUUCCAUCCUGAACAUACAGCUGGCCCUACUGAUUUAGAAUGCCUUUUCGAUAUUUUCAUAAAAAGCGUCAAAUCGUACAAAGACAAAACUGUUUGUUGCAUAGAUGACAUGAUAACCGAGCAAUUAACAUAUGUUCCAACUCUUCCUGAUAAACCGAAAAAAGUGUUAAUAUUAGGCUCAGGAGGCUUAUCCAUCGGUCAAGCUGGUGAAUUUGAUUAUUCAGGAUCCCAGGGAGUAAAAGCUAUGCAGGAAGAAAAAAUUCAAACCGUUUUAAUCAAUCCCAACAUAGCAACUGUACAAACAUCAAAAGGCUUGGCUGACAAAGUUUACUUUUUACCUAUAACGCCAGAAUAUGUAGAGCAGGUAAUAAAAGCCGAACGACCAACAGGGGUUCUUCUGACCUUUGGUGGGCAAACUGCUUUAAACUGCGGCGUUGAACUACAAAAAUCAAAGGUCUUCGAAAAGUAUAAUGUUAAAGUUUUGGGGACACCAAUUCAAUCUAUUGUGGAUACUGAAGAUAGAAAAAUCUUUGCUGAGAAAAUUAACUUAAUUGGAGAAAAAGUAGCGCCAAGUGCAGCGGUGUCCUCAGUUGAUGAAGCAAUCGCUGCAGCAUUGCAGAUCGGGUAUCCGGUGAUGGCUCGUUCCGCGUUUUCUCUCGGUGGGCUCGGUUCAGGAUUUGCAAAUAACGAAGAGGAACUCCGAACAUUGGCCCAUCAUGCUCUUUCACAUUCGGAGCAAUUGAUCAUUGAUAAAUCUCUAAAAGGAUGGAAAGAAGUUGAGUAUGAAGUCGUCAGAGAUGCCUACGAUAACUGCAUAACUGUUUGUAAUAUGGAAAAUGUAGAUCCUCUAGGAAUACACACAGGUGAAUCCAUCGUCGUGGCACCUAGUCAAACUUUAUCGAACAGAGAGUACUAUAUGUUACGUAAUACAGCAUUAAAAGUUAUUCGACAUUUCGGCAUUGUUGGAGAGUGUAAUAUACAGUACGCUCUAAAUCCGAACUCAGAAGAAUUUUAUAUCAUAGAAGUAAAUGCUAGAUUAUCCAGAAGUUCAGCGCUAGCGAGUAAAGCGACAGGGUACCCACUCGCAUAUGUUGCAGCCAAACUAGCACUGGGUAUCUCUUUACCUGAGAUUAAAAAUUCGGUAACAGGUGUUACUACAGCUUGUUUUGAACCGAGUUUAGAUUAUUGUGUUGUUAAAAUACCUAGAUGGGAUCUGGCAAAAUUCAACAGAGUGAGCACCAAAAUUGGAAGUUCCAUGAAAAGUGUAGGAGAGGUGAUGUCUAUUGGAAGAAAUUUUGAAGAAGCCUUUCAGAAAGCCUUACGUAUGGUAGAUGAAAAUGUUAACGGUUUUGAUCCCAACAUCAAAAAAGUCAAUGAAGAUGAGUUAAGAGAACCCACUGAUAAACGUAUGUUCGUAUUAGCUGCUGCACUCAAACAAGGGUACACGUUGGAUAAACUUUAUGAGCUCACAAAAAUUGACCGUUGGUUCUUAGGGAAAUUUAAAAAUAUCAUCGAUUAUUACAAAAGCCUCGAAGCAACUCCUCCUAAUACCAUAUCAUCCAGCAAUUUAAGGACAGCAAAACAAAUUGGAUUUUCAGAUAAACAAAUCGCAGCCGCUGUUAAAAGUACUGAAUUAGCGAUCAGAAAACUUCGAGAAGAAUAUAAUAUAACUCCAUUCGUAAAAAGAAUCGAUACUGUUGCAGCCGAAUGGCCGGCAUCCACAAAUUAUCUUUAUCUAACAUACAAUGGAACAACACACGAUUUGGAUUUCCCCGGUGAGCAUGUUAUGGUUCUAGGAUCGGGUGUUUACAGAAUUGGAAGUUCUGUGGAAUUCGAUUGGUGUGCUGUUGGUUGUCUCAGAGAAUUGAAAAAUCAAGAUAAGAAAACUAUAAUGAUAAAUUAUAAUCCAGAAACUGUUAGUACUGAUUAUGACAUGAGUGAUAGAUUAUAUUUUGAAGAAAUAUCUUUCGAGGUUGUCAUGGACAUUUAUAAGCUUGAAAAACCAGAUGGAGUUAUACUUUGUAUGGGUGGACAAUUACCAAAUAAUAUUGCAAUGGAUUUACACAGACAACAAGCGGUAAUUUUAGGCACGUCACCUGACAUGAUUGAUAAUGCAGAAAACAGAUUUAAAUUUUCACGUAUGUUGGAUCGUAAAGGAAUACUCCAACCGAGAUGGAAAGAACUUACUGAUCUUGAGUCGGCAAAAGCAUUUUGUGAGGAAGUAGGUUUUCCAUGCUUAGUACGUCCAUCAUACGUUCUUAGCGGUGCUGCUAUGAACGUUGCACAUUCCAAUCAAGAUUUAGAGGUAUAUUUAAAAUCGGCAAGUAAAGUAAGUAAGGACUACCCCGUUGUUAUUUCUAAAUUUAUUAUGGAUGCAAAAGAAAUUGACGUAGAUGUUGUCGCGGCAGAUGGAACGAUUCUUUGUAUGGCUGUAUCAGAACACGUUGAAAAUGCUGGCGUCCACUCUGGUGACGCAACAUUGGUAACACCGCCACAAGAUAUAAACAAUGAAACGUUAGACAAAAUUAAGGAAAUUGCAAGAAUAAUAGCAGAAACUUUAGACGUUACGGGGCCGUUUAACAUGCAGCUUAUUGCAAAGGACAAUGAAUUGAAAGUUAUUGAAUGUAAUGUGAGAGUGUCUAGAUCUUUCCCGUUUGUUUCGAAAACGCUUGAUCACGAUUUUGUUGCAAUGGCAACUAAAGUAAUUCUUGGUAUCCCGGUGGAGCCAGUAAAUGUUAUGGCUGGUUGUGGAAAAGUGGGCGUUAAGGUACCGCAAUUUUCAUUCUCAAGACUAUCUGGAGCAGACGUGACUCUGGGCGUAGAGAUGGCGUCAACAGGAGAAGUUGCAUGUUUCGGUGAGAACCGAUACGAAGCUUAUUUAAAAUCUCUCAUGAGCACAGGUUUCAGAAUACCUAAAAAAGCAAUAUUACUCUCUGUAGGAACAUUUAAGCAUAAAAUGGAAUUACUGCCAAGCGUUCAAAUUUUACACAAGAUGGGUUAUAAAUUGUACGCGAGCAUGGGAACUGGAGACUUUUACGCAGAACACGGUGUGGAGGUUGAGAGUGUCCAAUGGACAUUUGACCACAUCGGCGAUCCAGACGAUGACAGAUCUGACGGUGAACUGAUGCAUCUCGCCGACUUCAUGGCGCGACGCCAAUUGGAUCUUGUUAUCAACCUACCGAUGCGGGGAGGUGCGCGCCGUGUCUCUUCGUUCACCACACACGGCUACCGGACUCGUCGGCUCGCUGUCGACUACGCUGUUCCAUUAGUCACUGAUGUUAAAUGUGCUAAACUACUGGUUCAGGCUAUGUUACAAUGCGGUGGAGCGCCUUUAAUGAAAACGCAUACAGAUUGUAUGACUUCACGCAAUAUCAUUAAAUUACCCGGUUUCAUUGAUGUCCACGUCCAUGUUCGUGAACCUGGAGCUACUUACAAAGAAGAUUUCGCAUCUUGUACUGCCGCUGCCCUUGCGGGAGGGGUGACUAUGAUAUGUGCAAUGCCCAACACAAAUCCACCUGUGGUCGAUCGCCAAGCAUUCGAGUAUGUGUCCGCUCUGGCAAGAGUAAGCGCCCGCUGUGACUAUGCUCUGUUCGUAGGCGCAUCGUCUACCAACUACGACACUGCUUGUGAGUUAGCUUCACAAGCCUCAACAUUAAAAAUGUAUCUCAAUCAAACAUUUACUACUCUCCAACUUGACGAUAUGACAAUUUGGCAACGGCAUCUACAAAAUUGGCCGAAGAAAAUUCCGAUUUGCGUUCACGCCGAACGUGAAAAAACAGGUGCAGUUAUAUUAAUGGCUUCGUUGCUCGAUCGUCCUGUUCAUAUAUGUCACGUCGCCCGAAAAGAAGAAAUAUCUAUCAUCAGGGCGGCGAAGAAGGGGGGACUAAAAGUGACGUGUGAAGUGUGUCCACAUCAUUUGUUUUUAAGCACAGAUAACAUAGAUGACAUCGGUUCGGGCCGCGCUGAAGUCCGACCUGUUCUAUGCGGUCCUGAUGACCAAGCUGAAUUAUGGAAAAAUAUGGACAUUAUUGACGUUUUUGCUACCGAUCAUGCUCCGCAUACCGUUGAAGAGAAAAACUCAGAGAAACCUCCUCCGGGCUUUCCAGGCCUUGAAACAAUUUUACCAUUGUUACUUAAUGCCGUGCACGAAGGACGGCUAACGAUCGAAGACAUUAUUAAUAAAUUUCACCGAAAUCCGCGUAAAAUUUUCAACUUACCUGAGCAACCUAACACUUACGUAGAAGUCGACAUGGACUACGAAUGGACUAUUCCGAAUGCAAUGGAAUUUUCAAAAUCCAAAUGGACACCAUUCGCAGGAAUGAAGGUUUGUGGGGCGAUUCAUCGUGUAACUUUACGCGGGGAAAUAGCUUAUGUGGAAGGUCAAAUCCUUGUGCCACCGGGAUUCGGGCAGAACGUACGCGAUUGGCCAACACCAAAAAAACAAACGUUCGCCACAUAUGCUGUCGAAAAAGCGGAGAAAGAGUUAAGUCGACCGAACUCUGCCCUAGAUCACCAAGUGUCUAUAGAGUUGAGUCGAUUGAGCGAUUUUGAUCUAGAUCAAGUAGAGCCAAGCAAACCCGAUGGUCCGGGUAAAUUAAACGUACACUUUAACGAUGCAACCGGCCUAAGGAGCAUGUCCCCACUACCUCCUCAACCUACAAUGAGGCAAAGGUGUGACAGUUCAUCGUAUGGUAACACCACUCAGACAUUGUCACAUCGUCAAAAGAGUGAUCUGUUCGGUAAAAGUAUUUUAACUGUCGAUACCUUCACUAAAGAAACGCUGAACGAUAUUUUCAACCUCGCUCAAUUUAUGAAAACCAGCGUCAGUAAAGGACGUUACUUGGAUGACAUAUUACGAGGAAAAGUGAUGUCGUCUAUAUUCUAUGAAGUGAGCACGCGAACUAGUUGCAGUUUCGCAGCCGCGAUGCAGAGACUCGGGGGCUCUGUCAUACAUACUGACGCUACAAGCUCCUCAGCCAAAAAAGGUGAAACCUUGGAAGACAGUGUUGCAGUAAUGGCUAGUUAUUCUGAUAUUGUUGUAUUGAGACAUCCAGAACCGGGAGCUGUAACGCGCGCCUCGAGACAUUGCCGCAAACCAAUCAUCAAUGCUGGAGAUGGCGUCGGAGAACAUCCUACUCAAGCGCUGCUAGACGUUUUUACGAUAAGAGAAGAAAUCGGAACAGUCAACGGCCUUACUAUAACAAUGGUUGGAGAUCUUAAGAAUGGUCGUACAGUCCAUUCCCUGGCAAGAUUACUCACAUUGUAUCAAGUUCAGCUGCAGUAUGUAAGUCCACCGGGACUCGGAAUGCCUAAACAUAUAAUGGAUUAUGUGGCAUAUAAAGGUAUUCCACAAAAAGUGUAUGAAAGAUUAGAGGAUGUCUUAGGUGACACUCAUGUUCUUUACAUGACCAGAAUUCAACGUGAAAGAUUCGACAGCCAAGAGGAAUAUGAAAAGAUGCGUGGAUUGUUAGUUGUAACACCACAGCUCAUGACACGAGCCCGCAGACGAAUGAUUGUGAUGCAUCCUUUGCCAAGAGUCGAUGAAAUAUCUGCGGAAUUCGAUUCCGACCCUCGCGCCGCAUACUUCCGACAAGCUGAGUAUGGCAUGUACGUGCGAAUGGCACUACUUUCAAUGGUCGGUGGCGUGAAUCCACUUAUUUAACAUUCCACAAACAGAUUAAAUAACUAAGCAAAGUAUUCCUACAGUGUAAAUGUACAACAUUUUUCUAAAAACUAAAUUUGUUACUUUAAUUUAAGAAAUAAUUCUUUAAAUGAAAUUGUUAAUGAGAGUAUAU